AUUAAGUAUAUUUUUUGACCCUUUACCUGCCCACAGGGAGAAAUUCAAAAUAACAAUUUUGUAUUAAAAGUUAACUUUUUCAACCUUACCUUUGAAAAUGUUCCGGAAAUACUCCAAGCUUCAAACAUAUGUUAAAUUAUAGCUUACAAUGCACAUUACAAGUUAAAUUUAAAAAAAUUGUCCCGACACCUUAUCUAAUCACCUUAAAAAAUUACAAUACAAAAUAUUGAAUAUCAAUUUCAUACUACUUUAAUUUCUAUAAUAUUUGUUUAUUCACGUAUUAUACUUAUAAAUCAUAAAACUAGUCAUCAGGAUAUUAUUAAGGAAUUAGGAGCCAAUGUUGCUUUGGUAUAACCCAACAAUUCCUUCUAAAAAUUAAACUCUACAGAUAUGCAUCGAUACGAUUUUUAUGAUAGUGAUUUUAAUUGCUGUCAGAUAUAAUCUAUACUUGUAUCAACUAUGUGAAGUUCUAACUGUGCGGGUUUUUUUUUUGUUUUUGAAUAAUAAAUAUAUAUAUUUUAAAAUUACCAUUAUCAUGGUUCAGUGGACAAAGUACAGCAAAGGUGGAAAAGUGUCAGGGACGCAAAAAUGCGGUCAAUUGCAAACAAAAGAAAACUAAAAUCUGGGAGUGGAGCGAAAAAGCAAAAGGAAUACGUGUAUGAUCGUCAAUUACAGUUUCUAGAAUCGCAAGCUGAACUAAAUGUCACUGAAUCAAACAUGGAUAACUCAUCUUCUGAUCACGAUAUCAGUACAUCAGUGUUCGAAGAUCAGACAAUAGAAGUUGAGCAGGCAGCAGAAGAAGUUCCCUGGAAAAGAAAAAAAGACAAUAAAGGAAUUAAACAGGGAAAAAGAACAUGGAAUGAUACUGAUUUCGAAGAAAAGUUUUUAUCAGUACUCGAGCAGAGUUCGAAAGAAGAUGAAGAUCGUUCUUUUAUGGAAUCUCUAUUGCCAACGUUGCGGUUAUUUAAUAAUGACCAAAAACUAUUAUUUAGAAGUCAAGUCUUAAGCCUUAUGAUGACAAUUAAAAAUACAAGUAAUGUAAGAGCUGCAUACAAAGAACCUUACGACUUUUUUUCUCAACAGUAUCCAGUUAACUAUGGUCCAUGGAAUCAUAACACGUCAUCUAUUCUCUCUACGUCUUCUUCUACUCCUCCUGAAGUAAAUAGCUAUCAAAGUUACCAGUCGUUAGGAACUCCAGCAGAAGGAGGCCAAUAGCCACCUCAAUCAAGCCACCAAUCAACAAAUGAAAUAAAUUAAACACAAUUGUGUUUAAAAAAAUUAUUGUUUUUAUUUAUCAAAUUUUUUAUUUGAUUUUUAACUUAUAAGUUAAAUGCUGAAUAAAUAAAACAGGGCAUUAAUCAGUGAAAAGUUAUUUUCGUUAUUCUUGUUAUUUUUUAUAAUUUUUAUUUUUUUAGUUAUUUUGUUCGUUUCCAGUGUUAAACAUAUGAAAAAUGGAAGGUUCCCCAACAAUCAAUAGCAUAAAAAUAUAUAAAAUAUUACUUUUAAAAUUUUUUAUUUGUAUG